AUGGCGAUUUGUAUUACUUUCGGGACGCAUGAAUUUACCUCGCGGCUCCAAGGAUACGAAAAUAUAACGGCACAAUGCCAGAACUGCGGAAAUUGGUCUGCUCAAUGCAUCACUCGGUGGCCAUGGUUUACAGUAUGUUUCGUGCCUGUUAUUCCGUUGGCAUUCCAUAAGUACAAGGAAGUAUAUUGUCACAUCUGCCGGUUUACACAGGAUAUAAAGUAUGCGAAUGAUCCCGUCUGA